CCUUCCCCUCCCCACCCGGGAGGAGAGGCACGGAGUGACCGACGGAGCCGCCGCUCCGGCCGCUCCGACACCCCGCUCUCCUCCAUGGGGCACAGCUGGUAAUUUCUGCUGCGUCAACACCCAGCUCAAGGGAGAGGAGAAGAGACAAGGGGGCAUUUUAGCAGCAGCUCCACUUGCGGAUAGCCAGCCUCAAUCCCGGCUCCAGCAUUAAAACCCUUUCCGCCCCCUAAAAACCAGCAUCCGUGCAAGUUGGACCAAGAGUUUGUCAGGACUGUGGUUCAAAACUGCUUGGAAAAAGGGAUGAGGCCAUCUGAUGAACCUUCUGGAGCUUCUUACCAGAGACCAUUCUCCUCUCUUCAUUGAAACAUGCACUGUCCAGCUGUGAAACAUUGCAAGGUUUAUUUUUGCUGACAGGAAACACUUUCAAGUAUCGGACUUGUGGAAGAGGAAACAUAAAGAUCUCCAAAUGAAUAACCGAAAGGAAGAUAUGGAAAUUGCUUCCCACUACCGUCACCUGCUGCGGGAGCUGAACGAGCAGAGGCAGCACGGGAUCCUCUGCGACGUCUGCAUCAUCGUGGAGGGCAAGAUCUUCAAAGCUCACAAAAACGUCCUCCUGGGGAGCAGCCGCUACUUCAAAACCCUCUACUGCCAGGUGCAGAAAACCUCUGACCAGGCCACAGUCACCCACCUGGACAUCGUCACCGCCCAGGGCUUUAAGGCAAUCAUUGACUUCAUGUAUUCCGCACACCUGGCGCUGACCAGCAGGAACGUCAUCGAGGUGAUGUCGGCUGCCAGCUACCUGCAGAUGACAGACAUCGUGCAGGCCUGUCACAACUUCAUCAAAGCAGCUCUGGACAUAAGCAUCAAGUCUGAUGCCUCGGAGGACCUUGUUGAUUAUGAGCUGGGAGCCCCUUCCAGCAGCAGCACGGACGCUCUGAUCUCGGCGGUGGUGGCUGGCAGGAGUAUAUCCCCCUGGCUGGCUCGGAGAACGAGCCCAGCAAACUCCUCUGGGGACUCAGCCAUUGCCAGCUGCCACGAGGGAGGGAGUAGUUAUGGGAAAGAGGAUCAAGAACCAAAACCAGACAGCCACGAAGACAUUUCGUCCCAGUCUCUCUGGGCUAGUGACAUGGGCUAUGGGUCUUUGCGUAUCAAAGAGGAGCAGGUGUCACCGUCCCAUUAUGGAGGGGGUGAGCUGCACUCUGCCAAGGAUACUGCAAUACAGAGUGGGUUCUCAGAGCAAGGAGUGGGGGAUGGCUGGCAGCCCACAGGCCGCAGGAAGAACAGGAAAAACAAAGAAACUGUGAGACAUAUUACACAGCAAGUGGAGGAUGACAGCAGGGCAAAUUCUCCUGUGCUGCCGCUUUUACCUGCCUCAGGAUGGCCGUACAGCAGUCGAGACCCAAGCAGCCUCUCGUGUGGUAAACCUGUGGUUUGGGGGAAAUCAAACGGGCACUCAGGCGCGGACGCGGCCGGGACGGAGCCCAGCAGCUCGGACAGCAGGGUGGAGCGGCCGGACCCCUACACCAACGUGGAGGAAGCGCUGCUGGGAGGGGAGUCCAGCUACAUCCACCAGCCCCUGGCUCUGGACAAGGAGGACGCGCUCCAGGCCGCCACCGUGGCCAACCUGCGCGCGGCCCUGAUGAGCAAGAACAGUUUGCUGUCGCUGAAAGCCGACAUGCUGAGCGAGGACAGCUCGCUGCUCUUCGAGUACCUCCCCAAAGGCACGCACUCGCUCUCCCGGCCUGGCACCAGCUCGAAUCCUUCAGGGGGUGAAAGUGAUGGCAAAGUGGAAGCACCAUCUCCCCCGCUGCCUUCAGCACACCUUGCCACUCAGAGCCCCACCAGGAUCUGCUCUUCUGGUGAAAUGUCACCAGAAACUGGGAUAAAAGGAGAAGUGCCUUCCUCAACCCAGGCUGCCUUUGAUGGAUUGCUGGCACUUUGGCAGUUCGAUAACUCUGACUCAGAUUCGAGUUUCCCGAGGUCUGAGGACACAGACGUCACCACCAGUGGGACCUUCCUGGACUCGGCCCUGGCCAAGAGGCUGACCUGUGGCUUCUGCAGGAGGGUGUUCCAGCGUGCUGAGGAGCUGAAGGAGCACAUCCACGAGCACGCCUUCUCCAUGCUCUUCCCACUCAAUGUUCUCGACUGCUCCCGGCCCGGCCUCGCCGACAGCGCCGCUGCCGGCCAGCUCGGCCGCUUCCAGUGCUCCAAGUGCCCCGCCAGCUUCACUCUGAAAUCCAACAUGGAUCGGCACGAGAAGACCAUCCACUUCCACUUCAACGAGUUCACAGUCAUCAGGAAGAAGUUCAAGUGCCCGUACUGCAGCUUUUCUGCCAUGCACCAGUGCAUCCUGAAGAGACACAUGCGGUCCCACACGGGAGAGAGGCCCUAUCCCUGCGAGAUCUGCGGGAAGAAGUUCACCCGCCGCGAGCACAUGAAGCGCCACACCUUGGUCCACAGCAAAGAUAAAAAAUACGUCUGCAAGGUUUGCAACCGGGUGUUCAUGUCGGCAGCCAGCGUGGGGAUCAAGCACGGCUCGCGCCGGCACGGCGUCUGCGCCGACUGCUCCGGCCGCGGCAUCGCCGGGCACCUGGACCACAACGGGGGAGAGGGGUCCCCAGAGGAGUGUUACCCUGGGGAAGGGCAGUACAUGGAAGAUCCAGAUGACAUCAAAGUGGAAGGAGACGAGGAGAUGGGAGACGACGAUGACAUCAAGUGGAAGGAUGACGUGGGGAUGUCACAGGAUGAUGUGAUUUUAGAUGAUGACAAAGAUGUCGACUCCCCGCAGGAGCAGGACAACUCUGGGGAGAACGACAAGGAUUUUACCUGGAUUUCUUAGGGAUUAUUUUUUGUUUGGUUUUUUUGUUUCGCUCUGUCGUUUGUAGGGGGAGGGAGGGUGGGGAGGAAGGAGUAUGUUGGAAAAACUAAGUAGCCUUGUUGUCGUCCAUGUGUGCAAAAUAACUCUUGUGUUUUCUAAACAAGUCCUUCUCUGUUCCACUCAGACACUGUCUUAGCAAGGUCGCUUCCAGCGGCACGACUGACUUCGCCUUCCCCCUUUUCCCUUUCCCUUUUCCCCCUGUGACCCCCUGCCCAUGGCCACCCCUUCAGCCAAGUCAGCCAGGCCCAAGAGGGAGGUGGAGUCUGUGCAGGUGUGAGGAGGCUGGUGAAGCAUGAAUCCUCCUCCCCUUCCCACUCCAAACCGAGCACCAGGGAGGUCUUUGCGUCCAAAGCAGGCUUGUUGGUUGGUUGGGUUUUUGUUACACCUUGUCUGUGCUAAAAUCCCAGCAGCAGUGGAAUUUCAAGCUAAGGUUUUGAAAGCAAUGGAUGGAUGUGUUGGAGGGCUUCCCCUGACGAUACAGGCCUUUUGCAAAGUUAUUUAAAGAGUUUUAAUUAUUUUUUAUGGAGCCAAGUAGAUCAAAAGGCAAGUCAGAUUACAGCCUUACAAAUACUUCUCUUGGAUUCUUAGCUUCCAAAAGAAUCACCAUCAAAAACAGAUUAUGACUUUUCUUGGACCUACUGGCAUCUUACCCAUGUGCUGUCUUCCAGCCUUGGUCAUCCACAGGCACUGAAACACGUUUGUGCUUCUGGAAGCACCUUUUGCUCUAGAGGACACAAUUCUGUACCUGUCAUUCCUCUCCACAAAUAUCUUCACUGUUCUCCCUGUGCUCAGCUGCCUUUUUCACAAAAAUAUGCAAACUGUAGCAAAACAAAGGCAUUUGGCCAAGUGCAGGAUGAGCGAGAAGCCGAGGUGAGGAGAUCCCAACAGGGUGGAAUCCUGCUGCUCCCAUCCCAUGGACUUCUGUGGGGCCAGGAUUUCACCUGGGUACCUUGUUCUUCCUUGCCAAUCUCAACAUUCUUGUUGAACAUGGGUAGGUCUAAUACCUACUUAAUUCAUGACAAAAACCUUCAGCUUUAGUUGCACCGGUUCCAUGUAAAUUUUCCAAUAAACCAUGUUUUCUUUAAAUAAGAACCAGGUUUCUCUCCCAGCAUCCCCUCAGGCUCUGUGGGGCUGUUCCAGAUAGUUGGAUUCUCCCUGUUCAUAUCGGCCACUGUUGCCUUCUUUCAGCUACACCUAAAUAACAGCAGCAGCAUGUGUUGGAUUUGUCUUAUUCCUGAGAAACAGCUUGUUCUACCUUCACCUCUUUGCUUCUGGUGCUUUUUUAAAUAAAUAAAACAAAAAAGCCGAAGACCUCACUCCAUCCUUGCCAUUGAGCAAUUUUUUACAAUACCUGUGACUGUGGUACCUUGAAACCUGCCACGAAAGACAACCCAUUGCCAGAAGCCAAAUGACUCAAGGUGCUAUUUUCCUUCCUGCAGGCCUGGUGGUCCAUGAGGAAAAGUGUGGUUCCUGGUUCCACCCAGCAAAGGAAUUAAAAGCAUAUUGUACAAUAAACCCCCAUAAAGCAAAUAACCUGAAAGGAUUUAAGCCACUUGGUGCCAGGAUUUCAUGGAGCAUGGUGGGAGCCUGGAUCCUGACACCUGCAGGAGCUGGGCUCUCUCUCCCUUCCCUCCUUCCAGUUGCAUCCUGGGUUUAUGGCGUUCACUCCCCUUCUCUGCUGCUCAGUUCCUUGCAGGCAUUCACCACCUUCUCUCUCCAUCCAUCAUCCCAGUUCACCAUUGCUUCCAUUGGGAGUCUCCAGGCUCCUGCCCUGUGGAUUUGGGGGUGUUCAGUGCUGUGGGAACAUGGAUCUUUCCUAAAAUCCUCGAUGUGGCUCAGCCCCGUUGCUGCUGCCCCUUGGACUGGAGGAGUUAGUGGCACUUGUUGCUUUAGGCAGUGAGCAUGGAUAACCCUUUUCCUUAAAUAUAGGGAGAGCAGAGCAGGUCAUGCAGGAACAUCUUUCUUAAGUUGUAAGAAUCUCAUUUUGCGUUUUAGCUUCUUUUCCUUCUCCUCCCCUAUUUAAAAAACUGUAAAAACCCACCCAGUAUAUCACAAUUGGACCUUUAUAUACCCUUUUCCAAUGGUUUUGGGGGGUGCCAGAGAUGAGGAGGCUGUUCCCUUAUCCUGAUUUUGGCCCCCAUAGUGUGGGUUCUGUAUUUAUUGUCAUUUACCCUGUAAAUAGGGAGGGGUUCAGGGGUGCCUGAAGUCCUGAAUGUGCAGCCUCACCUGUUGCAUGUAGACAAAUACAUACAGUACUUAAAGAUUUAUCUUUAGCUUUGCCUUUUAUAAGUAAAAAUCUAUUUUAAAGAGAAUUUUAAAGCCCAAAUGGUUCAAACCCCUGGGUUUGUGUCACAUUCCGAUGGCCCAUCCCCUCCAAUGCUGGUGUGUGCAUCCACCUUCUGAGGAGGAGCACGUGUGGGCCAAGCCCUCCUCUUCCUCCAUUCCCUUGGGUGACUCAAUUUUAUCAUCAGAGUUAUGGAGUGCUGAGCUUUCUUCACAAUCCCCUUGGAAAUAUUUUAUUCUUUUUUUUCCUUAUUUUUAUUAAAGGUGGGCAGAGAGCCGGGUAGCGCUCAGGAGUGUUUCCAAAUUCUGUCACUUUGAGGCUCUUUGAACUGAAGACGCAAAAAAUAAAGCAAAAAGAAAAGAAAAAAGGGAGAGAAAAAUGGAAAAUCUACAUAAAAACUAACUUUUCCCAUGUCAUAACUUUGCACAUGCUUCUGUCUCACUAACACACACCAUGUACCAAAUAAAACCCUUCUAACACC